AUGUACAGCGUGGAGGACCUCCUCAUUUCGCACGGAUACAAACUGCCCAGAAGCGGCCCACCUUCAGCUGCAUCUUAUGACAAGCGUCCUGCUGACUGCCAGCGUGAACUCGCCGACAACAGGGCCGGCCGGGGGACACUGAACGGGUAUGAGGCGGACCGGGGCGCGUCCAUCUCCUCCGGUGUCUACGGCAGCAGGCCAGUGCUGAUGAAGGCCUACCCUGGUGCGGACAAUGAGAGUGGGGAGAGGAGCCAAAAGAGAAAGGAAGCCGGCAGCGGUAACCUAGGUGACGCACAGCCCCUGGGAGAUUCUCUGGCUACAGAUAGUGGGUUCUACGAUGUUCCAAGUUUGACUUACUCGGAGCCGCUGAGCCAUGAUGAGAGGGAUGUCUCCUACUGGAGGAGGCGGGGUCAGGACUUUAGUGUCCUGCUGGACUAUGCUGAUGGCAGGGAGCUGAGGGCUUCUGCUGGUGCAUGGAGGCCACAGGCCCUGAUGGCUGCUGAAGAUCACCGGGCAGAGAGGCAAGCGCAGCAGCUGUGGGAGGAAAUAUCCUGGCUGAGGGACCCAGAUGCAGCUCCUGGUCAGUUGAGGGUAACUGGGGAAAGAAAGUGCCAGAGCCUAGGAACUGAGGAGUGGAAACCGGCUGUGGGGUUGGGGAGGCAGCUUUCUGAUGGGGAGGGUGACAGGUGGGCUCAGGAACAGCACCGUCUGAGGACUUAUGAGGGGUCUUUCCACCCCAGAACUAAAGCAAAGUCCCAGUCCCUCCCCAGAGUUUUGUCGCCUGAUGGAAAUGGACGCAAAGAGGUCAUCCCAUCCAGGCCAAGCUUACCUGACAGGCAAUCGAGAAUGAACAGUACCGUCUUCUCUGGGCCUUAUAGUAGGUAUAUCUAUGGAGGUGCUCUUGGCAGAGACAGGUGGGGCAGGAACGCCUGGCCGAGCAGCCAUGUUGCACUUUUACCAAAGCCCAGGUUUAGCAGGCCUUUAAAGCCUCCAUCAUAUGAGAUUCACCAGCAGACAAGGGGUAGCGCAGAAAUGAUUGCUAUAGACCAGGGUGCCAAACAAAAAGAUAGGCCUAUCUAUUAUCCACGGGGUGGAGAGCUCCAGAGACAAGACUAUUUCGCACAACACUCUGCUAUCUUUGGUAUGGAGCCCCCUGGAUACAUCCCACCCCCAUCCUAUAAGAGAGCCCCACCCCAAAGAGCAGUUCCAAUCAACCGCAAUGAAAUGGCAAGCUUUAGGUGGAGGGGGGAGCCUCUGCAGAUGCCCAGCUCAGAUGCUGGAAGGUGGUUUUCGAGACAGGCAGGUUCAUGGCUGGAACAUUAUAUGGAUCGAGGUGUGUCCUACCGAAAACAGGUGCAUUCGGGUUAUGAGGAACAUCCAGGCCAAGCCCGCUACUUACCUAUUGAAGACCCAAGAGUGAGACAAAUCUCAGGAGGGCCUGGUGAAAAUUCUCUCACUGACUCAGACAAGAUCCGCAACAUCAACAAGGAGAUUCCCUGCGCUAAGGUUUUAGGACAAUCUAUACAUGAUAGUGCCUUCCCCCCCACACAGGGGCUUGCUCUCAAUGCUGACAGCCGGAAAACAUCUCUCAAUGAAAAUGACAGCAGUAGUCAAUGGUGCAACAAGGGAAUAAAAGACAAAUUAAGUGACAGUGUAGCUCCUGAAAAAAGCAGAAGAGAUUUUUUUCCUUCAUCGUUUCUGGGCAGACCACCGCCUCCUCCAUGCAAACCUGCCGAUCAGGGUCCUUCUGAAACUGUGACAGAGGUAAAAAAGGUGGAGCAGCCUGAACUACCAGAGAAAGACAAAUCAAAGAAUCUGAAGAAGAAACUUAGUGAGACUAUAUUUUGUUUGGUGUCUGUCCCUGUUACCCCGCAGCUCAGUGGGACAUCCCGUGACCAGAAUAACAAUGAUGAGAAACCACCUGACCCGGUGGGCAGCCCUAGUGAUAACAAAACUGGCCACUUGACAAACCAAAGUCUCCAAAGCACAUCUUCAGCUGAGGCUGAGCUGCAAGCCCUAACUGGUAGCAUAGCUAGCAGCAAAACAAGCAGUAGAGCAAGCAGCAAAUUGGUGAAAAAAGUACCCUUUAGGCCCCCUAAGAUAAACCAUUACAAGGAACUGAAAUUAUCAGGAUCCUGGCCUGCGAACCAGUAUCGAGACCAGGAAACACAAACUAGCCCAGAGGCCCGAAAACCUGCCCCUCCAGGACCUGAAAACAAGGAAGCACAACAAGACCCUGUCCCCCAAGGCCCUGAUGUCCCACCUGAUGGCGGUGGUGUGGUGAGCACUGCCUUCAGUUUUCCCAUAAAGGGGGUGAAGAGCCUGAAACUGUCCAGCAACAGCGCUUUCUCCCUUACCGCCACUUUCUCCAACCACCUGACCAAGAGCACAGCUCAGCCGCCAGCAGCAGCACUACUCUCAGGAAAUGUGGACGAGGCUAAACCAGCAGCAAGUGGUGGGCAGGAGACAUUUGGGCAGUUCCUGCUAAAACCGACCAGCCAGCGACCAUGGGAUGCUGUCAAAGAGCUGGAAGCCAUCAACAAAGAGCUCCAGGAUCAGCAGCAACAGCAGAGCAGCAAACAGCCCAGUGUUGACAAGUGUAUAGAGGACCUCAAUGAGGCCUACAAAGAUAUCUUGGAACUAGGCACUGCCAGCAAUAAAGUUCCUAAUGGCUCUGUGCAAAUCCCUGAGCGCAUCAAGAUCCGGCUGACAUCCGAACCCCUCAAUAAACCCAGCAGCCUUAGGCGGAGCGCGGUAAGCUGGUCAGUUGAUCCGGACUACAGGGAGGUAAAGAGUGCUUUCUCCAGACCAGCAACAAAGUCAGUAACUUUCAGCAAGCAGCUAAGGGAGGAGCUCCCCGUCCCACCUCGGGAGACGGGCUUCAGAGAAUACAGGGUUGUCACGCAUCUUUCACGCAGGCGGAGCAGCGAUGGCAGGACAGUGAAAUUAGACCUGCCGGACGAGCCAAUUGAGACACCAAUUUGUGACUUCAGCCCAACAGCAAUGCACACAACAGCAGCUGAAGUUCCCUGGGCAGAUCGACAGCCCAUGCAGGAUGCAUCAACACUCACCAGUCCUCCUGAUUAUGAGGACAUAUGCCAGACUUUGCUUCAGCCGAGAGACUCAACGGAUGUCAAUAAAGUGUCAGCAGGUAGUUCCAGACCUAAUGAUGCAGAACCUCCUCAAGGUGUUGGUAUUGAAUCUGAGGAGGAGUGCCCCAUUUGUAAAAGGGAGAUGGAGAAUCAGAUGAGACAGGGCCCACUGCCUCCACUCCAUGAGGAGAACAGCUCUGACAGCUCAGCCAACCAAAAUGGCAGUCCACCACAGUGUGCUGGGCUAGACAGCCCAGCUGAAGAUAUGAAAGCAAAGGAACCCAGUGAGUCUAACCCCAGUCCUGAAAUUAGUGAGCAGCAACCAUUGACAGAAGAAAAUGUGGCUGGUUCUGGGAAAAAAGAAGAUGUUCAGGCAGAAGACUUGAACGAUCUAAGUGCGAAAAAGCCUGACGAGUCCACACCGGCAAAUGAAUCUAUGGAAAUCGGUGCAGCCAAAAUAUUAGCAAGUGAUGUGCCUGCAGACUCCCAGGUCACAGGGGAACAGUAUAUUUGUGAACCAGUAAACCAGGAAGAGGAACUAGCCCAGAGCAAAGCCAUUACAGGAGAUAAACCUGGAGGUGGAACAGACAAACAGACAGUUGAAGUGAAAGAUAAGUGUGAGGGACAGGAUUCCGAAGCAUCAAUGUCUGAUAAUGGGCAGGAACAAGAGAAGAGGCCAUUUGCUGUCCCAGAGCAUAGACUUGUUCUUAGGACCCAUCUAGGGCGAGACCACUCGGGGUUACCAGAGUUUCCACCAGAUAGACUGCCACUUUCGGUUCCACCAAAUCCAGACCGCAGGCUAUCUCUGAGCUUGGAAGGGGAGAGGAGAGUCAGGGUUCCCUCGAGCCGCAUAGAGGCCCUGCAGGACAAACUGUCCUCUCCUCCAAGCCGGGUGGCUGUUGAGCACCUGGCACGGAUGAAGGAUGUAGAUACUAUAUAUCGAAUGAGGCGCCUAAGCAUCAGGAGCACUGACUCUGGGGAAGGGGAUGCAGAGGUAGAGGGAGAAGUCAACAGUGAGCUUGUAGAGGAGCCCCCUCCUGCUCCCCCGAGAGACAAGGAGGACGAUCCAGGGGACACCGAGUCUCAGAAGGUCUCUGAGGAGACAGUGUUGAAAGAUGAGGAGGCAUCAUCUCUCACAGAGGUGGCCUUGCAGAGGCUUGAAAUUGUGUUCAACGGAUUGAAAGCCCACACUCUCAAGCUCUCCCCAAAGAAAUGCCACUUCCUGCGUCAGUCUGUGCGGUUCCUUGGCCACAUGAUCACUGAGGAGGGUGUGUUGGCAGACCCUGACAAGGUCAUGCAAUUGCGCGAGAAGGAAAAGGAGGCAAGGGCUGUCGUCAAACUUCUCAAGCAGUGGGAUAAGUUGUCUGUGGAAGAUGGUGCCUUGUACCGUGUUUCUAAAGAUCCCCUCACCAAAAGUAAGCGUUACCCGUUUGUAGUUCCUCCAUCCUUAAGACAGGAAGUCUUGAGAGGCUGCCAUGUUGAUGCAGCCCACCAGGGCCAGUUCAGAAGCCUGCAUCUUGUCCGCCAGCGGGGCUACUGGGUGGACAUGGAGAGAGAUGUGAGAGACCACAUGAAGUCCUGUGCCCAUUGUGUCAUUGGGAAGACUCCUGAGCCAGAAGGGCAUGCGCUGUUAGAGAGCAUCAAGACCUCUACUCCGUUAGAACUCAUGUGUAUAGACUUCUGGUCUGCCGAAGACUCCACCAAUAAGACUGUGAUUGUGUUAGUGAUAACAGAUCACCUCACAAAGCUUGCUCAUGCAUUUCAGUGCCCUGACCAGACUGCUCGGUCGGUUGCUCGAAAGUUGUGGGACGAGUACUUCUGUAUUUAUGGUUUCCCGCAACACAUUCACUCUGACCAGGGUGCAGUUUUUGAAAGUGAAGUCAUUAGUCAUCUUAUGCAGAUCUCCGGUGUUCAGAAGUCUCACACCACAGCCUACCAUCCUAUGGGUAAUGGUGUCACUGAACGCUUCAAUAGGACAAUGGGCAAUAUGACAAGAGCCCUCCCACCACGUUCAAAACAGAGCUGGCCACAGAUGCUUCACACUGUCACGUUCAUAUACAACUGCACUGCUCAUGAGACUACUGACUUUCCACCAUUCUAUCUCAUGUUUGGCAGGGUUCCCCGCAUCCCUGUUGAUGUUGACUUUGGGAGCGUUCUGAGAGACAGAGGAGAUACAUCUUAUCCUAAUUACAUUGAACCUCUUCAAGAAGAUUUGAAGGAGGCCAUGGCCUUGGCCAACUCUUACAUCGCGAAGGAGCAGAAUCAUCAGGCAGAGAGCUACAACAAAAGAGCAAAAGGAUCUACCAUCAGAAUUGGAGACAGUGUUCUCAUAGUCAACAAGGGCGAACAUGGACGUUACUCUAUGGAGCAGUUAGAUGGUGCCAAGGCAGAUCCGGGGAAUGUUUCUUCGGAGCCAGAUGCCUCAUUGACUGGUAGUGGUCAAGAUGAAGCUGUAUCUCAGGAAGUGUUGGAUGAUGUGGACAGGACCUCUCUCAUUGCUCAGGCAUUGUCAGGUGAUGUGCUCGCUGACGAAUGUACAGAUUCGGAUGAUGAUGAUGAUGGCGGCUGCCUAACGGCCCAGGAUGGACAACAGUCUAGUUGCUCUGGUCGCACUCAGGACCAGAAGGUGCAGGAUUGUUAA